GAGCGCAGGAUGGACUAGUGGGAACAGAAACAUUAUGGCUGCCAGUCUUUCCUUGACUCAGCUUUCAAAUGGGAACCCAGUGUACGACAAGUACUAUCGACAAGUCGAUCCAUCGAGCACUGGACGAGUAGCAGCCACUGAUGCGGCCUUGUUCUUGAAACGGUCCGGUCUUUCAGACCUGGUCCUUGGCAAGAUAUGGGAUUUGUCAGAUUCGGAACGUAAAGGCUUUCUAAACAAACAGCAAUUUUUUGUUGCACUGCGAUUAGUGGCUUGUGCUCAGAAUGGUCUUGAGGUUGCUCAUAAAAGCCUCAGCAUGGCUGUGCCUCCACCAAAGUUUCACGACACAGCCAGUCCUCUUCUCCCAGCAGGCGUGUCCAUUGACAGUCCAUGGAUGGUCAAGCCAGAGGAGAAGCUGAAAUUUGAUGCCAUCUUCGACAGUCUCUCGCCAGUGGGUGGCAUGCUCACAGGCGACAAGGUCAAACCAGUGCUGCUGAACUCUAAGCUCCCUGUAGAUGUGUUGGGGCGGGUUUGGGAGCUUAGUGAUAUAGACCGAGAUGGAAUGCUGGAUAAAGAUGAGUUUGCAGUGGCUAUGUAUUUAGUGUACAGAGCUCUUGAAAAUGAGUCUGUGCCCAUGAUUCUGCCCCUUCCACUUGUUCCACCAUCAAAAAGGAAAAACGUGACUUCGCCUACUGUCAUGCCACUCCUCCCUUCACCACCAUCACUCAAAGAAAGGAGUUCCACCCACUCUGGUUCUCAAACAUUGCCAGCUAAACCCGCACCUCCACAGUGGGUUGUGUCUCCUGCGGAUAAGGCUAAGUAUGACGAGUUGUUCACAAAGACAGAUAGUGAUAUGGACGGCUUGGUGUCUGGGCCAGAGGUGAGGGACAUCUUCCUAAAGACUGGACUGCCCUCUGCCACACUUGCCCGCAUAUGGGAGCUAUGUGACAUUGGAGAUAUUGGGAAACUGACCAGAGAACAGUUUGCUUUGGCACUCUAUUUAAUCAAUCAGAAGCUCUCUAAAGGCAUUGACCCACCCCAAACGCUUUCUCCAGACAUGAUCCCUCCUUCUGAUAGGCUAUCACGGCAGAAUAAUGCCUUGUCAUGUCAGGCUGCAGACUUCUCUGCCAUUAAAGAGUUGGACUCCCUCAGUAAUGAGAUUAUGGACCUGCAAAGGGAGAAAAGCUCUGUGGAACAGGAGAUCAAAGAGAAAGAGGAGAGCGUUCGGCAGAGGACCAAUGAGGUACAGGACCUGCAAGAUGAAGCGCAGAAAGAGAGCGAGGAGUUGCGGAAGCUACAGGCAGAGCGACAGGAGGUGCAGGAAGCGCUGGAGAGACUGGAUGAGCAAAAGUUGUCCCUAGAGGAGCAGCUCACGCUCAUACGCCAGCAGUGCAGUCAGGAGAACCAGCUGAUCCAGUCUCUGCAGGCAGAGCACUCUGAGCAGGAGCAGAGGAUAGGAGACUAUGAGGACGAGUUGGUGAGGGCGCGAGAGGAGCUACUUUGUCUCCAGGAACAGACCCGGACUCUGGGGGAGAAGGUGCACUCAGCUCGUGCUCAGCUUUGCCCUCUACAGGAUGCUGUUACAGAGUCCCACACGCAGAUUGCACAGAUGCAGGAACGACUGGCUGACUUAAAGACAGAAGAGCGAGAGGUCGCAGCCCAGCUUACAUGGAAGGUCUUAGUAGAGGAGCCUCCUCUUGUCAAUGGAGCAGCGCCCCCUGCUGAACAGGCCAAGCCACUACAGUGGCCACAGCCUACAGAGCAGCUGGCAAACAAAACAGAAGAUGAGGAUGAAGAGGAUGAGGAAGAAGAGCUUACUCCCACAGACGAUCCGCAGGAACUGAGAGUGACCGAAGAGCAGCUUGAAGAAGAAUCGUUGGAACUGUCUUUCAGUUCAAAGGAGCCUAAAAUUGCUUCUGUAGAAGACCCCUUCACCAGCUUGAAGUCUACAGCCAGCACUCUGAGUACGGCUUGGCCUCAGAACGAUAUGGAAAAAUCUUCACCUGCUGUAGAAUGGGAGUUAAAGGGAGUUGAAAUGAAACAGCAGGUCAGUACCACAAAGAUGGAGUCUCCAGUUCCAGAGCAGAAGGAGGAGUCCUCCCAACCCACAAGUGCUCCCAAUGAGAGCUCUGCAUCCGUACCUGCCGUAGACUUUUUUCCAUCUGAUCCCUUUGUUGACAGUGACCCAUUUAAAAGUGAUGACCCCUUUUCAAAAGAGAUUUCAGAUCCUUUCGGAGCUGACCCCUUCAAAGGCACAGAUCCAUUUGCCACUGACUCUUUCUUUAAACAUUCUUCCUCAACUACAUUCUCCACGGAAGAUCCGUUUGCUUCUUCUGACCCAUUCAGCUCGAGUGCAGGCUCUGGAGAACCAGACCUGUUCUCCUCCCACCUUAACAACACAACUGCGUCUGAUCCGUUCUCUAAAUCAAACACAAUGGCCACAGAUCCAUUUACUUCUAGUAGUGGCAGCACAACGUUCGCUCCCAAAAUGGAUGACCUUAAUGACUCUGAUCCAUUCAGCUCAGCAGCUGGAGCUGGGAAUGACCCAUUCGUUGGGUCAGAGCUGUCAUCAAAUGAAACACCAGCAGUUUCUAAUGACCCAUUUGCUCCUGGAGGAACAGUGGUGAAGGCUGACUCAGACCCUGAUCCUUUUGCUACAGUAUUUGGAACUGGUAAUGAGUCCUUUGUAGGAGGUUUUGCAGAUUUUAGAAAUCUGGAAAAGUCUAACAGUGCUGACCCUUUUGCUUCAUCAAACACACAUAAUAAGAACUUGUUCAAGGAGGAAAACCAGUCAGAUGUGCCUCCUGCAUUGCCACCCAAAACUGGCACGCCUACUAGACCACCACCACCUCCACCAGGUAAGCGGUCGAACAUCUAUCGAUCCGAAUCAUCCGACUCAGUUCAGAGGCGUGGAAUUGGGGAGUUUUCCUCCCUCCCUGCUAAAGACACUGUGCCAGACCCUUUCGCUCCCUCUGUCCCUUCCCAAGUCCCGCGUGAGCCUGACAGAUUUGCCACCUUUGACAAAUACCCAACAGAAGAGGACAUGAUUGAAUGGGCAAAGAGGGAGAGUGAGCGAGAGGAGAGGGAGCGCGUGGCCCGACUCACCCAACAGGAGCAGGAGGACCUGGAGCUGGCCAUCGCACUCAGCAAAUCGGAACUGUCCUGACCUGAACCAGCCCUGAGCCAUACUGCCGAGGAAGAAGAGAUAAGGAUGAAGAGCUAAACUUACGGGUGCUGGGAUUUUACAAUCCCACUAGUUUUAGUACAGUCCAAUCUUCCCUCCCUCACAGUUUCACAUCCACUACAUGUCAGUACAGUAUGUCAUCUCUCUUUCUAUGUUGCCAGUGACUCUUCUUAAAAAAAAAAAAGAAAGUGUAGGUUUGGGGGCAGGGGAUUGGUGUAAAGGUGAGGGACUAAACACAACCACUUGUGUGUUACUUUAAGCUGUGUUUUCUUGUGUUUAAAAAACGAUCGCCUUUCUAUGUUUCUGACUCAAUCAAAUGUUUGGCACUAUGAAGUGUCACUGGCACAUUAACAAACUUUCUCCACGUGCUACUCUUCUUGUCAGUCUGGUUUAAGUGCAAAUAUGCAGAAAAAUUUUGACAGGUUAGAUGUUAAUCAGGAAACCCAGCACUUUUAAACUGGUGCCAUUAUAUUAUGUGAAGUGAUCAUGAUACAAUUAAGCAUUGUUAGAUUUUAGUCAGGAGUGAAAGUAAACAGAAAAAAAAGAUUGUAAGUAAAAGUGCUCUGGAAAUAAAGUAUGUAAAUUAAUAUUUCAUGCCAUUAAUAAAAAAAAAUAUAUAUAUAUAUAGAACACCUACUUAUAUUGCACCUAUAUAUUGGUUUAGUACCCAUAUAUUGAUUUAGGGUAGGCAGGUUGGAAUCUCACAUUUUGAACGGGACUUAUUUGAAUGUGUCUGUACAAGACUAUGACCCUCUUCUGAAUUACAGUUGAAACUCCUGAUUUAGCAUAUAAAAUUUGCAUUCAAGUCAGAGCACUUCACUUUUGAUAUGAAAUUCUGUGUAGAAUGCACACACAAUCAUCUAACUGAAAUCAUAUUUAGGGCACUCUAACUCUAGAGGGAAAAAAAGGUUCCUGUGCCAGAAGGUAGCCUUACAUGACACUCAAACCCAGUUGAAACAUUUUAAAAUAGUCCUCCUUGCAAAUAUUGCAUAUUUGAAAAACUACAGUAUAUAAAUAUCCAUUUAUAAGUAUGUAUGAAAAGGUUAUUGUACUUUAUAUACUAUGUGUGCAUUCUUUAUCAUAUUAGUCAUUCAAUAUUAGCAAACUAUCUUGGUAAGAAUGCAGAAGACACUAUUGACACAGAAACAGUAUGUACAUAUAAAAGAAAUUCUGUAAUUGAUGUCCAGUGCCUAAAACCACAUUACCUUUGGAAAAUGUCUAAUAGAUUUCUAUUAACUUUUCGAUUUCUCUAAACCUACGUUGAUAAAGAUUAAUGAUUGACUGUGCAAUAUGUCUAAAACUGUCAAAUUAAGGGCAGUUUUUGCCUCUGAUAUCAGAGUGGCAAUGAAUAGACUUUUUAACCACUAAACAUUUCAAAGAAUUAUAGAUUAAUAAUCACCCUAUACAAGUAAUGUGGUGUGGUCAUUGAUUUUUUUUGUUGUUUAAUUGGAUGAAAUUAGUAAUGUCUUAUGCAGUUUCUUUCAGUCAUAAAUAAGUGAGAGUAAUUAGAACAGAGAACUUGUAUAGCACUGGUUUAGCUGUUAUAUCCUCAUCUGUUCCUGUCCUUUGGGCUAGACAUCUUAAGUGGCCACAAGAACAUUUCUUACCCUUUUGGACAAUAGAUGCACUUUGUCACUGAGAGUUUACCUAAGAAUGAGUUGCUCACGGUAUAAGAUAAAAGCUCUAGCUUUUUUUCUUUGCUUUUUUUUUUCCCAAUGUCAUUGGAUCAAGAAUGCUCUUUUAAUUCUAAUAUUUAAAUUAGAAUAAGAAUGAUCUGUCAGUCAUUUAAAAUAAAACGAAAAUAAACUUUAAAAAAGGUCAACAUUAUCCUGACACAUACAGUUUUCUAACCAAUACAUCAUUUACCUUACAGUUAAAAAUGUUUUAUGAGCAUUAUGAACACAGCAUUAUCCCCUUUAAACCAGAUUAAGUAUUGCUUUAGCAUUCUGUAUUUAGAAAAGAUUUGGAUUUCUCAUUGUAACUGUUUUUCUGAGUCUUAUUAAAAUGAUCUGUGGAUUUGUUCAUGUAUGUAUGUAUAGGCCUUUAAUUCUCCUGAUUCAAAACCACUUGUGUAUUGGCGUUCUACAGACUUUUUAAAACUGGCUUAAUGUAUUUUAUUUUUUUUACUUUACAGAAUGUGUCCCUUUUAACAAGGACAGAUGUUUAAAUAUGUUAAGUAACAUGUAAUUAACUCAUAAAUAAAUAUGAAACUUUAAAUCA